CGUUGGUCUGGCCGUCUCUUUCUUCAAUCACCUCCAUCUGCUGCUUUACAUCGCCAGUUCAAUACCAAUAAAGCAACUUGCUGAAGAUUAAUCAAUCAUGGCUGCUUCCGCUGAUAGUCCCGUCUACCGGGCCACCACGACGGCCCCCGUCAACAUCGCUGUCAUCAAAUACUGGGGCAAGCGUGAUGCUGUGCUCAACUUGCCUACCAACUCCUCUCUCUCCGUCACCCUCUCCCAACGCUCAUUGCGCACCCUGACCACCGCCUCCUGCUCGGCCAUCUACCCCGCCCAAGACGAGCUGAUCCUCAACGGCAAGCCCCAGGAUAUCCAGUCAUCCAAGCGCACCCUUGCCUGUCUCUCCAGCCUGCGCGCUCACCGCAAGGAGGUCGAAGCCGCCGACUCCUCCCUCCCGAAGCUCUCUGCCCUCCCUCUCCGCAUCGUCUCCGAGAACAACUUCCCCACCGCUGCCGGACUCGCCAGCUCGGCUGCUGGCUUCGCUGCCCUUGUUCGCGCCGUGGCCGACCUCUACCAACUCCCACAAUCUCCCCGGGACCUCAGUCGCAUUGCCCGUCAGGGCUCCGGCUCCGCUUGUCGGUCUCUGAUGGGCGGCUACGUCGCCUGGCGCGCCGGCACCCUCGAGGAUGGCAGCGACAGUCUGGCUGAGGAGGUUGCACCCGCCGCUCACUGGCCCGAGAUGCGCGCCAUCGUCCUGGUCGUCAGCGCCGAAAAGAAGGAUGUCCCCAGCACGGAGGGUAUGCAGACGACCGUCGCGACGUCGAACCUGUUCGCGACGCGGGCGAACACCGUCGUCCCCGAGCGCAUGGCCGCGAUCGAGACCGCCAUCCAGAACCGGGACUUCCCUGCCUUUGCCGAGAUCACCAUGCGGGACUCCAACGGGUUCCACGCCACCUGCCUGGACUCGUGGCCUCCGAUCUUCUACAUGAACGAUGUCUCGCGGGCCGCCGUGCGUCUCGUCCACGACAUCAACCGGGCCGUCGGCCGCACGGUCUGUGCCUACACCUUCGAUGCCGGCCCGAACGCUGUUAUCUACUACCUCGAGAAGGAGACCGAGCUCGUGGCUGGCACGAUCAAGGCCAUUCUCGGUACCAAGGCCGAUGGCUGGGAAGGCCCCUUCUACGAGCCCAUGAAGCAUCUCAGCGCCCCUGGUGUUUCCCUGGACAAGGUGGACUCCCGGGUCGUGGACGUACUCCAGGAUGGCGUCAGUCGCGUCAUCCUCACUGGCGUCGGCGAGGGACCCGUCAGCGUGACCGAUCACCUUGUCAGCGAGAAGGGCGAUGUCCUCUCCCACUAAGGCGCUCUCAUGCCGAACUCAAAGCCCCGCGGGCAUCGACUUAUCACACCGCGGAUUGCCUUGAGAUGAAAAGAUACCCAAACCGGUCCCUCCUUUGUUUGUUUCUAAUGGAGGGAUUGAAUUCUAUAUCCAGAGAGCAUAUAUUCUCGUCUUUUACGAAGCAUAUUACAAC